GCGAUAAACACGGGAAAGUCCCUUUCAGUCUGUUUUGAACCAUAGGCACUGUGUAGCUUAUGAUCAUUGGCAUUGCCCUUAAAGGGGUAUAUUUAUGUUUUAAAACGACAAACAUAGUUCAUUAAAAAGUAAGAUUAAUGUAAAGUUCUAAAAAAUGUAUUAUCGUAGGUGAAAAUUCAAUUAAGAAGAAGAAAUGCUGUCAGAGAGUUUUUAUUUACCAAGCUAUUACAAUGAAGCCCUUCAGUUAGGAACUUACAUUCAGGAAGACAUUUCUUUGUCUACAGUAAAUGAUGUUUAUUCCCCAAAUUCUCCUGAAGGAGCAAUUAAUUUUUUAGAUCUUCCUUUGAAUAGGAGUCAUUAUUCAGGAAUGCCUUACUUAAAUUUAAUUGUGCAACCAGCUGAAAUGUACAGGUUCCGUUAUGAAAGUGAAAAGGGCUCACAUGGAAGCCUAGGUGGCAAAGGCAUUACCAAUAGUAAAAAAUCCUGUCCUACUGUAAAGUUGGAAAAUUAUGAGAACAAAAGGAAUGUUCUGAUUAGAGUAAGCUUGUACACUAAAGAAGAAAUUCCAAGACCACAUGUGUUACAGCUAAAAAAGAAAAAUUCUGUAACUGAUGAUGCAGUAUAUGAAAAACUUGGUAAAGAUUUUACUGCAAAGUUUCAGUCGUUAUGUAUUGUUAAUAAAAGAAAGGAAGAAAUUGUGGGAAUACUGAAAAAUCGAAAACUUAAGGAAUUAUAUCCACGUGGGUCUGGUAUUUAUACUUCAGCUUUAUGGCUGGUUGAUUUAUACAUUAUUGAGUGAUUCAAAACAAUAAAA